AAAUUAGCAAUGUCUUACAGUUGCAUUAUGCGCUGUCGCAGGUUAUUACUUCUGUGUUUUUUGAGGAGGUAACAGAGGAGGUAUUGCAUGCCAACAUGGAUUGCCUUUUUCUUUUGAUAUGGACUUUGCCUAUCCCACUUGUCAGCUGCACAUCAGUGAAGAUUUUAUCCACUCUGUGGUUCUGGAACACAUUGAAGGCAGGUGACAACUGUUGCUCACAUUCCAUUUACUCUGUUUCGUCCACUUUUGCCAGUGACACCAGUGGACUGAAUCACGAUUACGUGUUUGUGACGCCAAUUGAGGUGGAUGCUCAGGGUGGGUAUGUGUCUCACGAUAUGCUGCGGCGAGGCCGGCAGAAGAGGUCCCUGCCGUCCAUGGGGGGCCCUGUACACUACAGACUAUCUGCCUUCGGGUGGGACAUGCACCUGGACCUACAGCCUUCCAUGGUAGUGGCAGAGGGCUUCACAGUACAGGUACUGGGGACAGAGGGCAUCACCACAUUGGCACAGGAGCCAGCCCAUCAGGACUGCUUGUAUCAGGGAUUUAUACGCAAUCUCACAGCUUCCUCUGCAGCCAUAUCUACAUGUUCUGGCUUGUCAGGUCUGAUCCGGAUGUCUGAUGAUGAGUACUUCAUCGCCCCCUUGCCCCAGCACCUAGCUGCAGAGCACAACUACAGCUCCCCGAGUGGACACCACCCACACGUUGUCUACAAACGCUCGGCUGAACACAAAGUCCAUGGUGGCCAGGGAUCUAUCCACAACUCGCAACCUGACAACCCAUAUCUACAGCACCAUCACCAGCAUCACCACGACUACCAGCACGGGAAGCUGCAGAGACAACACUUCUGUGGACGCCGCAAGCAAUACACUCCCAAGCCCCCUGCUGAGGAUCGUCUCGUCAUGCCUGAUGAGUUUGAGCUCCCAGGCAGGGCGAAGCGAUCACCCAUCACAUCGAACAAGGUGGGGGGCCUGAAUGUGGAAACGCUGGUGGUGGCAGACAGGAAGAUGCUGGAGAAACACGGCAGAGAGAACGUCACCACCUACGUCCUCACUGUUAUGAACAUGGUUUCCAGCCUUUUCAAAGACGGCACCAUUGGAACUGAUAUCAACAUUGUGGUGGUCAGCCUGCUUCUUCUAGAGCAAGACCCACUCGGCCUGUCCAUCAACCACCACGCCGACCAGUCUCUCAACAGUUUCUGCCAGUGGCAGUCGGGCCUGAUCGGGAAGCGCCACGACCAUGCCGUGCUCCUCACCGGCCUGGACAUCUGCUCUUGGAAGAACGAGCCAUGUGACACCCUGGGUUUUGCUCCUAUAAGUGGAAUGUGUAGUAAAUACCGGAGCUGUACGAUUAAUGAAGACACAGGACUGGGCUUAGCUUUCACCAUCGCUCAUGAAUCGGGCCACAAUUUUGGGAUGAUCCAUGAUGGAGAGGGGAAUCCUUGUCGGAAAGCAGAAGGAAACAUCAUGUCUCCAACCCUGGCAGGAAACAACGGGGUCUUCUCCUGGUCUGCCUGCAGUCGCCAAUACCUCAGCCGCUUCCUUGGAACAGCUCAAGCAUCGUGUCUGGUGGAUGAGCCCAGGCAGAUUGGGAGGUAUAAAUACCCAGAGAAGCUCCCAGGCCAGCUUUAUGAUGCUGACACACAGUGCAAGUGGCAGUUUGGCUCCAAGGCUAAACUGUGCAACCUGGACUUUGUCAAGGACAUCUGUAAGUCACUGUGGUGCCACAGGACAGGUCACCGGUGUGAGACCAAGUUCAUGCCCGCUGCCGAGGGCACCAGCUGUGGGACUGACAUGUGGUGUCGGCGAGGCCAGUGUGUGAAGUAUGGUGACCACGGUCCGAGAGCUGUCAACGGUCAGUGGUCAGGAUGGUUUGAGUGGUCGGACUGUUCCAGGACCUGUGGGGGAGGGGUUAUGUACAGGGAGCGAUCCUGCAGCAGCCCCAGGCCACAACACAACGGGAAGUUUUGCCAGGGCUCCGCUCGUCUCAACCAGCUGUGUAACACAAAGCCGUGCCAGCCAAGCGGAGUGGACUUCCGUGCCCAGCAGUGUGCUGAGUACAACAGCAAACCCUUCAGGGGCUGGUACUACAAAUGGAAGCCCUACACCAAGGUGGAAGCUGAGGAUAUCUGCAAGCUGUACUGCAUCGCUGAGGACUUUGCCUUCUUCUUUGCCAUGGCCAGCAAAGUCAAGGAUGGGACAUCCUGCUCAGACCACAGAGGUGACGUGUGCAUCGAAGGAGUCUGUGAGCCGGUGGGUUGUGACCAGGUCCUGGGCUCUAAGGCAACUCUGGAUGCCUGUGGAGUUUGUAGAGGGGACAACUCCACCUGCAAGUUCUUCAAAGGCCAUUACGUCCUCCAGCACAGAGCAAACGAAUACUACGCCAUGGUGACCAUCCCACCUGGAGCACGGAGCAUCCAUGUUCAGGAGAUGGAGAUCUCCACCAGCUACCUGGCUGUACGCACCCUGAAGAGGAAGUACUAUCUGACAGGGGACUGGACAGUGGACUGGCCUGGAAAGUUCCAGUUCGGUGGGACGGUGUUUGACUAUCAGCGCUCUUUCAACCGCCCAGAGAGCCUGUACACGGCUGGACCCACUAAUGAGACCCUGGUCUUUGAAAUCCUGCUGCAGGGUAAGAACCCGGGUGUGGUGUGGGAGUACACCUUGCCUCGCAGUGAAAGGAAACCCAACUACACAUGGGGAGUGGUUCGCUCCGACUGCUCUGCCCCGUGUGCUGGAGGUCAGAUCUCGAAAAAAAAGGCCAUCUGUUUGCAAGAUCAGCGGACCCAAGUCAACUCGACACAGUGCAACCCUCAGACCAGACCAGUGCUCAGCUCUCACCUGUGCAACACGCAGCCCUGCCCAGCCUACUGGACGACAGGGAACUGGGGGCCCUGCAGUCAGUCCUGUGGGGGCGGCCAACAGACACGUCACCUCCAGUGCUUGCGCAAGGUGACGUACCAGCGGGAGGAGGUGGUGGCUCACUCCCUGUGCCCCGUCAUCGCCCCAGCCCAGGUGCAGCCUUGCCACACCCAGGCUUGCCCACCUGAGUGGAGCUCUGGGGCCUGGUCACAGGGUCAGUGA